AUGGCCCCGGCCCGGCCCCACCCCAUGGACCAGACGACCACCCACCACGCCAGGCCCACGCCCGCACCAAGGUGCGAGGCCACACAGGUCCUCCCCGUCUUCCACGUCCGGGGGCUCGUCCCCCGCCUCGCCCUGGUCGUCUCGCAUGCGCAGCAGCAGGACCGCCAGGAGCGUCUCGAUCGGCGCGAGCACCGCUCCGGUUGUGCUGUCGACCCCACCAUCCCUUCCACCUCCACCUCCGCUCCGAUGACGGCGACGACGACGGCGACGCGGUCUACGGCGGGCCUCACCAGGGUCCCCGAGCUUCGGCUCCCGGUGCCCCCGCGCCCCCUCCGGCCGCUGACCCUCAUGUCGAGCGGCGUGGACGUGGUGGACGAGAUGGGGCGGAUGCUGUCGAACCAGCCGCGCCGGCCGCUCAUUCUCGUGCGCGACAACGCACCGGGCCACACGGCGGAGCCCCGCCGCCGCGGGAACGACGUGCUCGACGACAUCUACCACAUGAUUACCUCGGCGCCCCCGCGCAGUGGGGGUCUCCCGUCCCCCCACCGGCGGUGA